AUGAAGGCUUCAAACCAUUUAAGCAUUUUUGUGUUGUUUUUAUUUCUAAUUGCAAUAAUUCCGUGCUUGGCUGUUUAUUCGGACAUACCCAUUGAGAAAUUAGACUACGAAACAAUUAAGGCAAAUGAAAAAAUACGAUCCAAAUCAAGAAAGGAUAUGCUGGUGAUGAUGUCACUUGUAUGUGGAAGCAUUCUUCUAGCCUAUGCAACCUUGUGGGGAAUCAGAAUUCAUCAUACAUUGAAAUAUGAUCGAAGGGGCAAAAUCCCAGAUCCAAAAAAAAUGACCGCGAUGGAGGAACCCAAAAUGACUUUUGAAAAAUGA